GCAUUAUACUUUUACAACGACAUCGGCACAACCUUCAAGUAGACUCGGGAAACCCCCCACACCAUGGUCGGUCGCCCUGUGACAGCAUAAUCGCCAGCAAGACGUUACACGGACGAAACACGAGAACGGGGACAUUAUGUAUGCGAAGGGUCUCCGUCGGGGAGCAUAAACCACAGUGAUAACUACCACGUCGCGUACAUAGUGCAUCUCCAACAAUAGAACAUUGGAUGUUGAGUCACGGACGUUUCCGAUGGUUCUGUCAAUAUCCACAGUAUAAACCGAUUUGCAACGUCUUGGGUUUACUCUGUAAGCAGAAAGAGCCUGACUACAGAGUAGGUACCUUGGGCAAGGCGAUGCAUGCAUCUUCAGAACUGGUUCGCUCGCCACUUGCACGCACUAAAACGCCCAGUUGGUGA